AUGAUGACUGAUGAAACAAUGACUUAUUGUUUAUGUGGGCAGACUUACAACCCUGAUCAGUUUAUGAUCCAGUGUGAUGUUUGUAAAAAGUGGUACCAUGGAGAGUGUAUCGGUAUUAAGGAGUACGCAGCCACAGAAUUGGACAAAUUUCACUGCCCAGAGUGUGAAUGUGUUCAUGGUCCAUCACUUCCUAAACUAAGAAUGAAUAAUCACCGCCAUGAGUACACUGACGUUAAUGCUGAAUCUAAACCAGUACAAACAGGUACAUUUGUUUUUAUACACGAGCUCAAGUCCAGGCAUUUUCCUAAAGCUGAUGAAGUUGUCAAACACGUUCGAGGACAACAAUUGACGUUGCAAUAUUUACAAACAACCGGCUUUGAAGUCCCUAUUAUUGUUGACAAUAAAGAAGGCUUGGAUAUGACACUACCUCCACCGACAUUUACUGUUCAUGAUGUUGAAAAAUUUAUAGGCGGUGACAGAGAUAUAGACGUAAUUGAUGUGACUAAACAAAAUAAUAUGAAAAUGUCACUGAGAGAUUUCGUUGAAUAUUACACAAAUCCUCAUCGAACACGAGUGCUAAAUGUCAUCAGCCUCGAAUUUACUGAUACUGGCUUAGCGCCGAUGAUAGAGGCUCCAAUCGUAGCGCGGAAGCUCGACUGGGUUAACUCAGUCUGGCCGCGAGAUAUGCCUGAAACCAGCCUGUUAAAGCGCCCAGAGGUGCAGAAGUACUGUUUGAUGAGUGUGAAAGACAGUUUCACCGAUUUUCACAUUGAUUUUGGCGGGACGUCUGUCUGGUACCACGUGCUAAGAGGAGAAAAGGUUUUUUAUCUUAUCAGACCCACACCGGCGAAUUUACAACUGUAUCAACAGUGGAUGAGUAGUUCCACUCAGAGUGAAACGUUUUUUGGUGACCAAGUUGACACUUGUUAUAAAUGUGUCUUAAAACAAGGUCAGACUAUGAUGAUUCCCACGGGGUGGAUCCAUGCGGUGCUAACUCCUGUUGAUUCUUUAGUUUUUGGCGGGAAUUUUAUUCACAGUCUCAACAUUCCUAUGCAAAUACAAAUUUAUGAAUUGGAGCGUAAAGUAAAAACGCCUCAAAAAUUUCAAUACCCUGGCUUUGAAACGAUAAAUUGGUUUGCGGCUAAACGGUUGCUUAAGGAGCUUAAAGAAUUGAACCGCGAAGAUAAAAAAUGCCCUUCUUAUUUUUUACAAGGUGUCAAGGCUCUUUUGGCGAUACUUAAACAAUGGAAUACUGACAAAGACUACAGCACUAUUAGUCGAGGCCAAAUACCGCCGUCGGUGAAUAGUCCAAAAUUAUUGAAAGAACUGAGCAAAGAAAUAAGACACGCAGAAAGAUUUUUACUGGCUCUAAAUCCCCCCAAGCCGGAACGCGAAAGUAAAAGAAAAAAAAGAAAACCAAUUAACAAAGAUUUUAUCAAUUUUGAUGUAGCUGACAAACUCUCUGAAAAUGCUUUCAAAGCAACGCUAAGUGGUAAAACAAAAACUGAAAAUUCACCGACUAAAAAUCCGUCGCCAAUUAAAUCGUGUCUAAAGUUAACACUGCCAAAAUCCGCUUCCUACCCUUUCAAUAAGUCUGUAUGUUCUGAUAUUAUAGAGAGCAAAGUGGCGUCUAAUGCGGUGAUCCGUAAACGUGCGAAAAACCAACAAGGCAAACAGAGCCCGACAGUGAUAAGAUUCAAGUUGGGCGACAAUGAAGUCGUGCGUAGCACUAGUGACAAAGGAAACGUGUUUGGUAAUUUUGCAAUUGACCCAACGAUUGAAACGCCAAAAGAAUUUACAUGGAAGCAGAGUUCUAUUUACGAUUUUCAUGAUGGUAGUAAUGAAAGUGACUGUGGUAAAUUUACAAUAGACGAGGGUCCAAAGCGGAAAAAGUCCUGUAAAAAUAAUGCGAAUAAAAAAACUAAAAAGGCGGCUAAUAAUACAGCAAAUGCUGUGGAUGAUGAUUUACUUGGUGAAGUUCCGAAAAAUGGUAUAGAGGAGCUUCUUAAGGCCUCAGUUUACACUUUAUCUUCGACUGGCAAUAGAAUAGAGCCUAGCGUACCAACGUCAAUUUUGCAAAAUCAACUUACAAAUCCCCCUCCAGUUGGUUCCGACAGAUCAUCGCCGUCCACACGUGAGGCUAUUGCUGGAAUGCUUUCCUUCAGCGAGCAGUGUUACUCAACGGAAUCCGGAAGCUCGAAAAAAAGCGAUAAGUCGUCCAGGAAAGUCGAGUAUGAUGAUGAAGACGAUCAGUCAAUUGAAAACAUCGACAAAGUCCACCAAGAUGAAGACUUUAUUUAUCCGGCUCUAGAUGCUUCCGACGAUGACGAAUAUAUUUUUAAACCCCGAGGAAAGAGACGAGUCGACGAAGCCUGGAACCCGAAGGCUCGUGUUGGACCUCUUUUACCUAAAACUAACAGACCAGCUCGUGAAGGAGCUAAAAAGACUUCAGUAGAGAAAGGACUUGAGGCUGCUGCGGCUAAACGCGCAAAACAUCCGAAUCAAAAAUCAAGUCCAAAACGAGUGUACAAUAAAUUGAAAAAACGUCCUGCUCCUAAUGGAAUUAUCCCAACAAGCUCGGCGAAACUUGAAGAACCGAUUGCUGAACCAGUUCAGGUCACCAGUGGAUUCACUUCUAUCCUGACAAGCCCUAAUAGACUGAAAGACGUUAAAGCUAAAUUAGCAGCGCCUGUUCCUGUUGAGCGUAAACCGAGAAAAGGAAUGAAGACUGCUAAACAACGCUUAGGAAAAAUAUUAAAACUUCACAAAAUGAUGCAUUAA